AUCUGUUCUCUCUUAAAUGAACAUCAGACUUUGUACGUAGUUGGACGCAGGCGUUUGCCUGAUCCGCAAUGCAACUAGUAUACAUUUCAAGUCACGAAAAAUUAUAAUAAUCUGCUUCAGAGAAGAUAUUAUCGAACUUUGGAGAUAAGUUAAUAUCGGAUACAUUAUAAGGAAGGUCCAAGAGACAUUCAAGCUGUUCCUAAUCAUGUUGGCAGAGAAGAGAUCACAUCCAAGCUAUGAACACGUAUCUUCAUAGAUUAUUCAGCUCAUAUUGACGCCCGACAUCUCCUUUCAUUUUUUUAUUCUAUGCCUGGGAUAAAUGCAUGGAGGCAACUUCAGUUAGAAUUUUAUAUCUAUGUUCAGGUGAUGGAGAGCUUGAAAUUUUCUAUAUCCUGAAUUUUUCUGAGAGUGGACUUCGUUGAGGAAAAUAUGAAAAAUGAGAAUCACUUGGAAUGGAGCUCAUGGAUUAUCUUUGGGGGGCACGCCUUGGGAAGUUUGAAAGGAGGAGAAAGGAAUUUACCUGGAGUACAGGUAAAUCUGACAGUGCUUUUCUUAAAGUUUGCGGAUCUCUUGAUAAGGACAGAUCCAUAUCAGAGUACCGCAACAACAGAGCAACAGAUGGGAAGUCUCAUAUGAUGGAGAAUUUUGUAUGCAUGGUACGAGAAUGGAGGAAUUGCAAGCCAAAACCCUAAACAACUAAAGCC